AUGUCGAGUUGGUAUUGCCCUUGUUGCGUGCCUUUUGAUUUUGACCCCGUGGAUGUGCCAAUCUCAGCCGGCUAUACAAGGCCCCGAAAGCCUAGGAAAUUGUUCCCAGGAGCAUGUGCGUCAUCUCCAGUGGUGGAGGAUGGCGAGAAGGAAAUCCAACCGCCCCCGCUUCCGAAAGGGCAACGUAAUGUCAUUGCUGUCGGCUUGCAACGCUUUGCAGAAGGGACCCUGCAACCGCAACCUGAUUGGGAACAGCUCACGGACAGGGUGGUUUGUGUAUUGGCACAAAAUCCAGGUUCAUUUACCCUCAACGGGACCAACUGCUAUCUCGUUGGAACUGGCCGGAAACGUUUGCUGAUCGAUACAGGGGAGCAACACUUUGGUGCAGAUGCUUUCAUGAAUAUCCUCAGCAGUUGCAUGGAAGAGCUUGGAGUUGAAGGCUUGGAUGGGAUUGUCAUCACGCACAUGCACCACGACCAUUAUGGAAAUGUGGGCCGGUUGCAAGACAAAUACGGGCCCGUUCCUGUGUAUUCACGGGAACUGUCCCACCGGACCUCCCCUCUGUUAUCCGAGCUGAGAAGGAGAGGCCAGAUCCAGCACUUUUUAACUUUGGAUGGCAAACCACUCUACAAUCCAAAGGUGGAUGGAAAACCACCCAAAUUGCCAGAAGACGUGGACAUCUCAUGGGCACAUGAUCGGGUGAAACAUUUUCAUGGAAAAAACACUGAAGAGAAAUUGCACUGGAUUUUUUUUAUGACCUGGCACCAUCAAGACCUGAUUGAUCGCUUGCGCAACUGCGAGUAUCCUUGGACAGCUGUGGAUUCCGGAGACACCAUUUCAACAGAAGGAGCCACACUCACGGCCAUGCACAUGCCUGGGCAUUCCGAUGACCACAUGACCUUCUUGCUGGAGGAGGAACAUUCCCUAUUUUCUGGCGAUCAUGUCUUAGGAUGGGGGACCACUUUUAUUAUGGAGAUGAAGGACUACAUGGACUCUCUUCGAAAAAUGCUUCACAUGCAUCCAGUAAGUCUCUUUCCAGGGCACGGGCAUUUCAUUGAAGAUGGGGUUGACAUCCUGCAGCGUUAUAUUUCUCACCGACAGAUGCGGGAACAGCAGACCUGGGAAGCCUUGGUCAAGCGGAAGGAGCCGGUGAGGAUCGAUGUCAUCGUGCACGAGCUCUAUCCCAACACCGUUCCGGAACGUCUUUGGAUGGCAAGGAGCAACGUUGAGGUUCUCUUGCGCAAAUUUGUUGCCGAGGGGGCCGCCUCAGUUUUCGUACCGAGUUGGGACGGGCGGCUUCGGCGGAUGAGGAAGCUCCCGACAGGCUACGAUGUGCGCCAUCUUCCAGAUGGCUACUUGUGGGCGGCAAGGCGGACGGUACCAACGCCGAAUCUGUAGCUGAGGAUCUUCAAGGCUAUGUGUACGAAUAUUGUGAUACCUAGGGAUAUCUAGAUAUUUAAACAACAACGCACACACACACAUGGUACACACACA